AUGUCCACAACACCAACAUCGAAGCCAAGAUCCUCCACACCAACAGUAUUCGAACAGCAACGAGAAGAAAUAGUCCGAGAAAUUGCAGGGGGCAUGGAACAAGUUCUCCAAAAUAUCAACCGACUAAACCGGAAUCUGGAGAGUAUUAUCGCAGUAGGAAACGAAUUCAGCUCUGUGGAGGCCCUUUGGUCUCAAUUCGAGAACUUCAUGGCCCGACCAGGGCAUGAGAAUGAGAAUGGCGGGAGACAAAAGGAGACCCAUCAAGGUGGUGGCGAAGGUCAAAUCGAGAUGCGCGAUCAAGAUUCAUAG